AGAAAACAGAGUAAUCGAAGAAGAUGGAAAGAGAGAACCGAGAAGAUAACACAAUCUACCAUCACUACCACCUCCACCCCCUCAAGCUCACCGAUGUAGUACAGGAGGCGGCGAGUUUUUGCUGCGGCUGCCGGAGAGCCUGCUCCGGCAAAGCCUACAAGUGCGACUCGUGCGACUUUCUCUUAGACACCACCUGCGCACGGCUGCCCCAAAAGCUCCGCCACCCUGCCCACCCCACCCACCUCCUCACCCUCCGCUUCCUCCCCAACUACGCCAGCGGCAGAUUCCUCUGCGACGCCUGCGGCCACGACGGCGACUCGUUCUGCUACAACUGCCCCCAAUGCGAUUUUGACCUCCACCUCCCCUGCGCCGCCGUCCCCCGGAAGCUCCGCCAUAGGUCCCACCCCCACCCUCUCGACCUCGUCACCGACUGCAAGGGCCCUACGGCCGUUGCCAUUAAGCACCGCGUCUGCGAUCUCUGUCAGGGUGAGGUCGACGCUGCGUCUCAGUGGUUCUAUCUCUGCAGAGCCUGUGACUUCGGCGGCCACGUAGUCUGCUUCGUGUCCGACGACGUCCACGCGCCGAAUAAGAUUGCCAGAGGAUCAGAAACAGAGCAUGCGAAUAUGGGGCAGCAACUGCUGGAUCUCCAGCUGCAGUUGCAGGCGAGCAUGAUGACCGCCGACAUCAUGGUGCAAGGAGCCAGAGCCGUGGCCAAUCUAGCUCCAGACUCGGGACCUUAUCGGUACAGCUACUACGACUCUGGGCCACUUCCGAGCCAGUACGCUGCCAUGGCCAACUCCAUGGUCAUGAACAAUUUGGCUUUGUUGUCCAUCAACAACACUGAAAAUUCUAGAGCUGCAGCCGAACCCCAGUCAUCAAGUGGAACGGAUGAAGAGGAACAACUAAGAAGAUCAGGUUUCAAUGAUCGACUUUGGCAGUGAUCAAAAUAGGUAAAUCGCGGAGAGGAUCUGAGAAAUGAUCAAUGACGAGAGAACAUAUAUAAUAAGCUAAGCUGGCGCUAGUUAUUUCUAGAUAAUUGUUGUUAUUACGUUUGACUGUAAAAUAAAUUCCAAAUAUAAUAUUAAAAAAAAAUCUUAUCCAA